GAUGCCAGUCCGUGAGACUUGAAGUCGAGGGACAAUGAGAGGAAGAGAAGGACGGAGGCAAGUAUAAGAGCUCAGGUGUUCUUCACCCCGGAAUCCUCAUCGACAGAACAACCACAGCGGUCUGUCUACUAGAUCACAAAAAAGCAGCACAAGCAACGACCACUCCGACACAAGACAGCACCAUGAAGCUCAUCCUCCUCUUCACCUUCCUCGUCGGCCUGGCCGUGGCCGGCGAAACCAUCAACCUCAACAACCGCGCCGCCAAGCUCCCUCGCAAACAGACUUAUCGACCUGGCAAGUUCUCCGACCCUUAUGUCUCCCAUCCAUCGUCGAAACCCGCCAAUAGCCCAGCCGACUACAAGACCUCAACCGACGAGGCCACCCUCCAGCGGUCUACCGUCACCCUCAAGAAGCUUCCCGAUCAGUACAUCGACGCCGGUCUCUCUAAGCGAAGAGAAAGCUUCAAAGCUCUGAAGCAAUUCCGCAGACAAGUCUCCGCAGCCGAUUUCUUCGAGUGCUACAACUCUAACCCCACCCCCUCAACCGCCGACUGCACAACCCUCACCACCCAAGUCCUCGCCUCCAACCAAGAGCUGGUGGUGACCGCCAACGCCUGUCUGGUCUUUACCUACAGAUCUUGUCAAGCCUUCUUCUGCUCGUUGUGCUCGACGUUGAGCACCAGCACCGAUUUCAUCGGGAACCAGCUGGAUACGUUGGAGGCGCUGUGCGUGGAGAAUGGACAGGUGGGAACGAUUGUGGGAGAGGGGGAGGCGGGGUGGGAUGUUGGGUUUGUGAGUCCCGGGAGUGGGUUGCCUAGUUAUGAUGUUUGUUAGGGGGAAGGGAGAGAAGGGCGUGGGUUGAGGGCUUGGUGAUGGGUUUUCUACUUGGGGUGGGUUUGUUCUGGCUAUCUUUCAGAUAUGAAAAUACUUAGCCUGAUACCUUGCUUCCAGGCCUUUAUUAGGAGAUAGGAUAGGUCUCGAACUAGCAACCCUCCCAAGGCUGAACUAAGGACCAAAGGUUAUGGGUUGAAA